AUGCAGAUGUUUGCCAGUGAGACGUACAGGACAGCAGGAGCAGGAGACGGGACAAGCGGUGCACGCAGGGAAGGAUACCACAAGACGUUUCAGCGUCCACUGCAGCUGAUAUAUCCACUUCAGACGAUCAUGGGGCUUCAAGCUGCACGAGCGCUCAAUCGGAGUUCAUGCAUCUUCGCUGCAUUGAUCGUGGUAGCGCGCGCAGCGCCUAACGCAGCGUUCCCAUUCAAUUCACAGGUCCCGACUGUCGCUAGAGUCAAUGAACCCUACAGCUUCCAGUUCUCCGAUUCGACAUUUGCACCGGCCUCAGCAAGCUACGUAUACAGCCUCGCGAGUCAGCCAGCAUGGCUCCUGGUGGACAGCGCGACACGCACUCUGAGCGGUACACCAGGUCAAGCAGAUGCUGGUCCGAUCAACUUCAGUCUGACUGCAGCAGACAGCACGGGAGCAGCGCAUAUGGAUUGCACACUUGUAAUCUCCACCGAUCCAGCACCACAGCCUCCAAGCGACAUUGGCAAGCAAUUGGCGGCCACUACGAACCUUUCCAGCAGCGAUCCUCCCAUUGCAACCCUGCUACCCUCGACUACUUUCAAUUUCAACUUCCAACAAGAGUCUUUCAUCGAUAUUGUGUCGCGAAAACUAUGGUACUACGCUACACUCGCCGAUCACACUCCACUGCCAUCUUGGCUGAAAUUCGAUUCUACGACGCUUACGUUCACCGGCACUGCUCCUGACCUGAGUGCAUUUCCGCAAUCAUGGACGAUCGAACUCAUAGCAUCUGACGUCGAAGGCUUUGCAGGCACAUCGGCCUCGUUUACUAUCGCGAUCGGGACGCAACAGCUGGCUUUUGUGCCAGAAGAGCAGAUAUUGAACAUUACAGCGGGAGAGCAAUUGUCAUCAUUUGCAUUGGGAGACACGCUUUUCCUUAACAACGAGCUACUAGACUUGCAGCAGCUGAAAAGUGCCGUUGCAACAGAUCUGCCUUCGUGGUUGAAGUUUGAUGCCGCAACACUUGAGCUGAAAGGUACUGUGCCACGAGAUGUGACUACAGAAGACAUCUCGAUUUCUGUAACAGAUCAGCUCGGCAAUACCGCAGUCGUGCAAGUCAAUCUCGUUCUAAGUGGCGACACAGAUCUCUUCAGCGGGAGAACCGGCAGCGUCACAGCGCAUGCCGGGGAGCACUUUAGCUACAGCUUCGAGGACACGAUUUCCAGCGACCAAGAUGUAAGCCUUACUGUGGCCUUUCCACCUAGCGCGACCUGGCUCAAAUACGAUUCUGGCGCCAAGACAAUAUCGGGCGAUGUACCAUCCAAAGUUGACUCGAACACCGUGCAAGUCACCUUGCAGGCAUCGAGUGCUGAUGAUGUACAAUCUCAGACUUUGACUAUCAGGAUUGUUGGAGGCGAAGGUAGUACCACAUCGUCGGCCAUCGUAACUGCAUCCACAGCCACUACAACUUCGACUCCCGUGCUAGGGGUAGCGUCCGCACGGACUGGACACCGUCUAAGAGGAGGAGAGAUCGCCGCAAUCGUGAUCCUGAGUGUCAUUGCUGCUGCGCUGCUUCUUGCGGGCCUCGUAUGGUGCCUUCGCCGAAGACGGCGAGAAGCACGCGAGAAUAAGAGGCCCAGCACGCCUACGAAGAACACGAUUUCCCGUCCACUAGCACCUCCUGGAAGCGGCGGCACCAUAAUGGUGACUACAGAAGUUCAGAGAGACGUAGAAAAGGAUGCAGACAGUGCAGUGGAUAUACCCGUGGCCAGCAGGAAGCUGGAACCUCCACCGCAGAUCACAUUAAACCUGCCCACGCACACCGAUGAGUCGCCCAACAGGAGAUCAAAAUGGUCGAAAAGGAUAUCGCGAGUGAGCUUGGUCUCAUCGAUUGGAGCUGGAGAAGACGCCAUUCGAGCCGAUUCGAACAUUCCGAAAUGGGGCGAGAAUGCUAAAAAUCUGCAUACGCCACAUGACAGCUUCUCUAUUCCAGCAGAGCUAGCACGUAUCUCGAGACGAGAGUCGCAUACAUCCCCGACCAAGAAAGCACUGAAGCGAUUGCGAGACAGACAGAGGUCGAGAGAUAGUGCUGGGCUGGGUGUUCAUGCUAGCGCUUCGGGUGGCAUUGCACGGCAUUCUUCGAGGAACUCAUCACGGAACAAGCACCGAAGAGCAAGGAGCAGUUUCGGCGGCUUGUCCACCACGAGAGAAGCUAGCGAUGUGGGCUCGAUACGGACAACAGGCACGAGUGUGCUGUCUACGAAGGCAUCCGAGUUCCCCAUGCCGCCAUCUACACCUGGCCACUCGAUGUCUCUGUCUGUUCCAACACUGUCUACAGCAAUGUCAAUCUUUGGCGCAGAUCCAAAGAGGAAGAGCAUCAGGAUGGUGGAGAGGAGUGACAGCACUAUUGAUACACGACCUCUUGAAGAGAAAAGGCAGUCUUAUAUCAGACAUCGUGCGAGUGCCGUCCGCAAUCGCGUCAGCACAAACGUCGAAAGCCCACUUUUCGCGCAUGGCUCCCGAGCAGGUUCAUCGAGUCACAGUAGGCAGAAUGGGAGUCGAUCAGCAAAUGGGUCUUCAUCAGGCAGCGUACGGCACUCCAGGACAAGGACAAGAUCGAAGAACAGCAAGAGCAUGCUCACCACAUACUCGGAAUCAUCAUCUCUCGAGCCACACGCCGACGACGCUCGACGUUCCGCAAUGAAAGAGCAGAAGCGACUCAGCGAACGCUUGCGAUCCUCCUUCGCACCCACGUUCCCACGCGUCAUGAGCCGCUACUCCGUCACAGCGGAAGACGCAGCAGCCGACCAAGACGACGACUGGACCACGUCAGAAUCAACUUCCAGCAAUGGCGGCAACUGGAAGUCAAACCCGGAACCAUCACACUCCAGACUCGAGAGAAUCUCCAUGAACAGCGACGACUGGCGAGCAGAACUCGCAAAGCCGCGAAACGAACGAUCAUUCGUCUUACCCGACAGCAUGAGCAAGGCCAAAGCACCACGGCCUGACCAAGUCGCCACGAGAAGACCCGUGAGCGUUGAGGACGUGCAGAGGUUGAGUAGCAUGAAGGCUGAGACUGAUGCUGCUACGACUGCUGGGAGCGAGGGAGAUUGGGAGGAUGCUGAUGAGGACACGGAUGAGGAAGAGGCGGUGGAGGCGGGAUUGAUGGCGAGGAUGGAGAGGAUGGCGAGGUUGGGGACGCCGGGGAGGGGGAUGGUGAGGGUUAUGCCGUUUGGGAAUGGGAAUGGGAAUGGGACUGCGGCGAGUGGGAGGAGUGAUGUUAGUGGGCCUGCUUUCUUGUAG